AUGGCAUCCAAUCAGUUUACAGUUGCCUCGCCGCCGACUGAUGCUAUUUCCGCCUUGAAGUUCUCCCCCGAGCCCAAUUCGACACGGAUCGUCGUAUCAUCAUGGGACAAGAAUGUCUAUCUUUACGAUCUGCGAGAUGAGAAUGGCACAGUUGGAGAGGGGAAACUACUACAGAAGUUUGAGCACCGUGCUCCCGUACUGGACGUUUGCUUUGGUGAGAAUGAGAAUGAGAUCUAUACCGCGGGAUUGGAUUGGGAUGUGCGCAAAAUUGACUUGAACACUUCGCAACAAACCGUUAUCAGCAGCCAUGAAGCCGGUGUGCGCAACGUGGUCUAUAGCCCUGAACACAAGAUCAUCAUCUCAGGCUCAUGGGACUCCACACUUCACGUAUCCCGCACAGACACCGGCACCACUGCUGAUUCCCUACCUGCUGUGAUCCCACUCCCCUCGAAACCUUUCUCUAUCUCGCUCACAGCCACCAAGCUCGUUGUCGCCAUGGCAUCGCGUGCCCUACACAUCUACGACCUGAAAGCCCUGGCCCUUCUCACCGCACAGGCUGACGGCACCACGACCAACGGUAACCGAGUGGAGAUUGAGCCUUGGCAACGUCGCGAGAGCAGUCUCAAGUUUAUGACACGCUGUGUCGCUUGCAUGCCUGGAGACACUGGGUAUGCCUCAUCCAGUAUUGAGGGUCGUGUUGCUGUUGAGUGGUUCGAUCCUUCACCCGAGUCCCAGGCGCGUAAAUACGCCUUCAAGUGUCAUCGUCAGACCUCAGACGAUGGGGUAGAUGUUGUGUAUCCUGUUAAUGCGCUCGCUUUCCAUCCCGUUUAUGGCUCAUUCGCGUCGGGAGGUGGUGAUGGUGUAGUCGCUUUGUGGGAUGGUAUAUCCAAGCGCCGCAUUCGUCAAUAUCAGAAGUACCCGUCUAGCGUUGCUGCUGUUGCGUUCAACAGCAGUGGCAAAUACUUGGCUAUCGCAGUGAGUCCUGGGUUUGAGGAUGGCAAGGAUGAUAUUCCAGAAGGAGUGGUCAAGAUCUUCGUGCGCGAGUUGGGCGAGACAGAGGCCAAGGGUAAGGGUGCUAAAUAA